CAGCGCCCGGGCCCCGGCCCGCCGCCGCGGGGAGGGGACGGAGCAGCGCGGGGGAGACGGGGGAGAGGGAAUUUCUGCGGGGAUGCCGAUGGGUUGUGUGGGGAGCAGCGGUCAAAGGAAAGGUCAGAGCAUGGUAUUUGGCCUCCUGUGCUCUACGUUAAACGGCGGAAAGGACAAAGCGGUUUCACUGGCACCAAUGGAAUAGAAAACACGCUGCGGCGUUGCCAUCAUGCUCUUCACAGCGCGCUAGACGGGAAUCGGUUUGUGCAGCAGUAGGGGUUUCUUUUUCUCCUCGUUACAGUAAGUGGCAAAACUGUCUGUCUGCUGGGGGCAAGAGUAACAGCUGCCGAUUAUCAGAUCUAGGGUUAAAUUAAGGAGCUGAAAGAAAAAACAUAUAAAGGGGAGGAAGUGACACACUAUGUUCAAAAAGAUCCAUUCUAUAUUUCACCCCAACUCCCACCGAAGAAAGGUGACAGAUGACAUCCCUUACUGUGAUGGCACAGGUUCUGCGGUGAGAUUGAUCCGCAGCACUUCUAUGUAUGUCCUUGGAGGCGAGCAGGAAAAAGUUAGCGAACCACUAAAAAAAUGCAGAAGUACAACUAGCAUCGACUCUUGCUUCCAGCCAAAAGAGGAAGACAGAGACUGGAUGUACUCUAAGACUCAGGACUGCUUGAAGUACUUACAGGAUCUGCUAGCCUUGAGGAAAAAAUAUCUUGAAAACAUCAAUAACUUGAAAUCCAUGCCUAUGGCUGCAGAUUCCCCAACAUCCACAAAGUCAUCCAAAACUGGAAAGAAGUCUUUUCUUCCACUUCCUUCCAAAGAGUCUUCUAAGGCAUUCAUGGAGAGAAAAGGCCCACAGUCCAGUUCAGAUGUAAGAGAAGCAAUAGCUUUCUUUGACUCAGUUAUUGCAGACCUGGAUUCAGAGAGAUGGCGGAGAGUUCCUGACGUGGAUCUGCCAAAUGUGGAUGUUGAUUUUGAUGUUGCUACCAGCACAAGCGAACACAGUUUACAUUCAAACUGGAUCCUUCGUGCUCCCCGGAGAUACUCACAAGAUACUGCCCAAACAGCAAAGGGUGCAAACCAGUCUCAAAGAAACAGCCAGCGGAGAACCACUGGCUCGAUGAAGAGGUUGGAAAGACAUCCCAUGUACUUGCCCAAAGCUGUGGAAGGGGCAUAUAGCACUUUAAAAUUUAAGCCCAAAACACAUAAGAAAGAAUAUUGAAAGAAUAUUCCCUCUUCAUCUGAAGAUAGAAUACAUGAAAAAGGGCAUGUAAGACUUGCUUUUUUUUUUUUUUACCUCUGAUCCAUCUCUUACCCUCUAGAAGUGACGUAUGCAGUCACUGAAGGUUCUUUGUGUGGGACGUAUUUCAAGCCAUGGCUAUUCCAAUGUUGGACUCAUAUAAGGGUUUAACUUAUUGAUUUCAUUGUGCCUAACAAUACUGCUUUGUCAUUCAGCUUGGGGGGAACUCCAGCUUGACAAGCCUUUUUUCUAGUGCUGUUAUUGAAAGCAAUGAUUCAGAGAUUGCCUGGUGCAGUAAUUUUUCUUCUGACUCCAGUACUGCAAAGCAGUUCAAGCAAUUCAGUGAAUAUGUUGGAGCGUUUGCACCAGUGUUUCCAACUUCAGAGCAGUGAAGUAGAAUUUCCUCCUGUUUUUGCAUGUGAAAAUUUGUAUGUGCCAUCAUUGACUCUGUGAUCUGAGCAUAUACAGAAGCACUGAGGUACAAGCAGGCUGUGCUACCAGCAGAAAAAGCUGCAGGGAAGGAAUCAGCAUUAGAAAGCUGUGUUUGGAGGAAUUGCUCCAGUGUGUUUUGGAAAAACAAGCUAUCUUGUACUCUGCUUGCUAUUGGGAAUGGUUCUGUCCUUGGAUACAACAUCAAGGGAUUCACUGCAUGCAAAAAUGUAUACAACUUUUUUCAUAUGGUUACACCACCUGCUAGUUUUCAUCUAUUUUAACACCCAGUUGCCGAAUCUAGACAUCCCAGUGUACAUUAGUAAAGCUUAAUGUCUUGGAGAAGAACACUUUGUGAAUAAAUUGGAGCAAAGGUUGUUCUCAAGGGCAGAAGGCAAUUUGCAGACAAAUCCACUGCAUCAGCUUUUGAUUAUACCCAAUAUUUGGAAUUCUGCUACUUCAUCAUUAAAGACUAUAUAUUGGGAAGAAUGCAGUCUAGAAGUCAGGCUCUUUUGUCCUGGAGAUAUGUUUUCCCUGUGAUACUUGGAAUUGUUAAGACCCAUCCUCUGCCUGUUUUACUGAUGUACAGCAGUGUAAAAAUGCAUAGAAAGUGAGAAGGAGAGAGCACCCUGUGGAAAUACUCACCUUUGGCCCUUCAGAUAGGGCAAUACCUUUUAUAUCACAGGCGUCUGUCUGAGCCACAUCCCCCAGCUCCUGCUUUGUCUUAAGAAUUUGCUGAUAUGUUUGGGAUCAAGCCUUUGCUUACUCUGAUUUUUUUCAUAUCGUGUUCCAUCGGUGCUUCACUGACAGAUGGAUCAUGGCAGCGCUGGUAUGACCAGCUGGCGAUUCACUGGUGAUUUCUUGUUUCUAUGUUCAGUAGUUUUUGUGUCCACAGGCUUGGAUAAAUUUCCUAAGGCACUGGCCACCAAUAUAAAUUUGAUACAUCGUAACCUCCAUAAACCUUGUGCCCACCACACAGAACAUUUGGCAGGUGGCAAUUCUUGCUGAUUUGUGUUCCUACUCUUUGGGACUGAGUUAUUCAAACAGCAUUUCUGCCACCAGGUGGAAGUACCUCUCUCAGAUCUCGCUGAUCUAGAACACUUUCUGUCAUGAGAUAGGAGAGUGCCAAAACCCCAUAUGUUCCUCCAUUCAGAGCUGGCAUCUCCUGUUCGAUUAAAGCAUUUGGUUUCUUUUUCUAGUGGUGUUCAUGAAGGGGAGGGAGGAAUUGUUUCUGUAGCACUUUAAUUCUGGAGGUGCUGUUGCCGCUCUUUGUCUAGUCUGUAUCCUCUUGAAAAUGACCAUUUUAACCAACUUCAUUGGUAAACAUUCAUGAAGAGUUUAAAUUAAGGUCUAGGGGUUUUUCCCCUGCUGUCGGUGCUUCUCACAAUUAGUCUGUAUUCUUUAUACAGUGUUGCUGCUUUUGUACCUCUCCAGUGCUGUCCUGACUGCCCUGAACUGAACAUCGUAACUGUCUUUAAAGCUGUUCUGCCUUUGACAUGGGAUCAUUUAAGGCCGCUCAGCCAGGUUGGAUAGCCAGAACACAGCAUGCUCCAAACACACCCCUCAUUACCGGCAUGCCUCAAGGCUGCGGCUCUGUGUAUGUGUGAGAGAAGGGGGACAGUGCUCAAAAGUAUACAUUUUUGCACCCUGAAACCCCUCUCCAAGCAGAAUCUCAUGCUGAAGCUGCCGAGGAACAUUUUUACUGAGUGCGUGGUCACCUUUUUGCUGCUAGAACCUGCGGCAUGGAUGGAUGCUGACAGAAAACCUCACUGUCUUUUUGAGUUACUAUAACAGAAUUAGGCAUGUGCAUAAAUAAAAUACUGGUGAAAGAAGAAGAAAAGGAUUCCAACAGUGUUCUGUCCUGGGCUGCGCUUUAUGUUCAUAGUGCCAAGGUUUUACUCAUUGGAGUAGCUGAUCUUUGUGCUAUUGUUUUAAGGAUGCACUGUGAUGUGCAGAACCAGACUGCUUCAGCACAUUUGACCUUCCCUGUGACUUCUUGUCUGUCCUUGUAAACCAGAGGUAUCUCCGGUCAUUGGGCUGUGGCAGAGGUUAAGGGUUGUGUCCAGCACACAAACUCCAGUGUGAAAUAUGUGUUUGCUUUUAUGGACAAGAGACAGGGGGGGAAAUAAGAUUUGUAAUUUCAGUUGGAAUUCUGUGAUUUUUUUUUUUCUUUCCUUUUCUUGAAGCUCACUUCAAGCCUGUUAUCAUCUUAGGAAAUUUUAAUUGAGUAAAAUAAAGCAGUUUUUCUCUGAGAACAUUUUCUACCUCCUGUCCCAUAAAUGCAGGCAUCUUCCUUCUUCUAGCAUAUUAGCCCUUGUACGCUCCUCACUGGACACGGCUCAGCUCCAGCAGAGCUAUGGAGAGUGGCCUUAGCAUCUUAGGGCACAACCUGGGGAGGUGGGACC